GUGUAAAGUGUAUGCAUUUGUUUCUUUGUUCUUAAAUGGUGUCUUUUGAAAACAACUUCAAACGGUUCUUUCUUUUGCCUUUCCUCUUCCUCUAAGGAACCCUCUUUCUCUUUUCCUAUAAAGAUACACUCUUUUGUUCAUUAGGGUUUUUCUUAUUCAUCCGUAUCUGGGUGUUGGUGGUGGUUACCACCCAUUUCAUUGCUUUCAAAAGGUAAAGCAGGUUCAUCAAAGACUAUGGAGGAAGCUCUGAUGGAAAUGGAUGACUACGAUGAGCAGCAGAUCAGGCCUAAUGCACUUCCAUUUGCGAGAAGCUAUCAGCUUGAAGCAUUGGAAAAAGCGAUCCGUGAAAAUACCAUAGUGUACUUGGAGACUGGUUCUGGAAAGACUUUGAUAGCCAUCAUGCUUCUUCGAAGCUACGCUUAUCACCUCCGAAAGCCUUCUCCUUACAUUGCUGUGUUUUUGGUUCCCAAAGUUGUUUUGGUUUCUCAACAAGCUGAAGCUUUGAGAAAUCACACUGAUUUGAAAAUUGGAAUGUAUUGGGGAGAUAUGGGUGUUGACUACUGGGAUGGAGAUGUAUGGAAAGGAGAAAUGGAGAAACAUGAGGUGCUUGUGAUGACUCCUGCUAUACUGCUUUCUUGCUUGAGGCACAGCUUUAUCAAACUGUCAAUGAUAAAGGUUUUAAUUAUGGAUGAAUGCCACCAUGCUGCGGGUAGACACCCAUAUGCUUGUAUAAUGACUGAGUUUUAUCAUCAUCAAUUGAGAUCUGGUAUCACUGAGCUUCCUCGGAUUUUUGGGAUGACUGCAUCCCCAAUUAAGUCGAAAGCUGCGAAUUCUGAAUCGACCUUGUCCAAAUCUAUUCGGGAACUAAUGACUCUAAUGCAUUCAAAGGUUUAUACCUGUGUAUGUGAUGCUGUCAUCUCACAGUUCAUACCAACAUCUACCCCAAAAUUCCGGUUUUACAGGGACAAUGGGAUUUCAUAUACGCUAUUCGAAGAAUUAGCCAAAAGGCUUAACGAGUUAAAACAACAGCACGAGCGUUGCAUCACAAGUUCAGAUUUAACUAAAUCAGCUGUCCAAUCUGCUCACAAAAAAAUAGCAAGGAUUUUUGAUGCCUCAAUUUUUUGCUUAGAAGAGCUUGGUAUUUGGUUGGCUUUGAAGGCUGCGGAGUCCUUAUCUUCCAUUGAAAUUGAAACAUUCUUAUGGGGUAUCUCUGGGGAUCAGAUUGUUAAAAAAUUUAGUUCAGCUACUAUGAUGACACUGCAAAGUUGCAUACCAUCUGAUCCUCGGUGGACUAUUGCUGACAAUAUGAAUUCCAAUUUGGAAAUGGGGCUAUUGACCUCCAAAGUAUGCUGUCUUAUUGAAUGUCUACUUGAGUACAGGGGUUUAACUGAAAUGAGAUGCAUAGUUUUUGUGGAAAGGGUCAUUGCAGCUAUUGUCCUUGAGGUUCUAUUGAACGCUUUGCUUCCAAAAUACAAUAGCUGGAGGGCUAAAUUCAUUGCAGGAACCGGUAGUAAACUGCAAAACCAAACUAGAAAAAUUCAAAAUGAGAUUGUGGAAGAAUUUCGUAAGGGAUUGGUCAACAUCAUUGUUGCAACAUCAAUUCUUGAAGAGGGUUUAGAUGUCCAAAGUUGCAAUCUGGUUAUUAGAUUUGACCCAUCUCCCACGGUGUGCAGUUUCGUGCAGUCCCGAGGCCGUGCCAGAAUGCGAAAUUCAGAUUACAUCUUGAUGGUAAAAAGUGGCGAUGCAGUUACACGUUCUCGAUUAGAGAAAUACCUUGAUGGUGGGCAAAUGAUGAGGAAGGAGUCCUUGCGUUAUUCUUCCCUUCCAUGUGAGAGUCUUGAAAGUGAUCGAUUUAACGAGCAAGCUUACCGAGUUGCAAGCACUGAAGCUGUUGUUAAUCUUAGUUCCGGCAUUACUUUGAUAUACUUAUACUGCUCACGUCUCCCAUCGGAUGGGUACUUUAAACCGACUCCGAUGUGGGACAAACAUAAAGGAAUAUUGUAUCUUCCUAAGAGUUGUCCCAUACAUGCUAUUCAUGUACAAGGUGACAAUAAAUUCUUAAAGAAUAUUGCAUGCCUUGAAGCAUGCAAACAACUACAUAAGAUUGGAGCGUUGACAGAUAAUCUCGUUCCUUCUAUUGUUGUUGAAGAAGCAGAGGUGGAGGAAUUCGGGAAUGAACCAUAUUCCGAAGAACAACCAAGUUAUGUACCAUUUGAAUUGGUGAAUCACAUGUCGAACAAUAGUAGCACAAUCUACUAUUGUUAUUUAAUAGAGCUAAAACAAAAUUUUAGCUAUGACAUCACUGUGCAAGACAUUUUUCUCGCAACUAGAGUCGAGCUUGAUCCAGAAAUUGGAUGCAUGCAAUUUGACAUGUGUUUCGACAGAGGUAGUUUGGCUGUAAACUUGAGAUACAGAGGAAACAUUAAUCUCUCACCGGAUCAGGUUCUUUUGUGUAAAAGAUUCCAAGUUAGUAUCCUUGGAAUUCUUAUGAAUUCUAAAAUGGAUAAAGAAAGUUUUUCUGAAAAAUACUCUCUGGAAGAUGAUCUUGAGAUAGAUUAUCUUCUGCUGCCAUCUAUUGCUAUAGAGGAAACACCAUCUGUUGAUUGGUUAACAAUCAGUUCGAUACAUCCAUCUAAAAUUCAGUGUCGUUAUCAUGCUGCCAAUAUAUUGACUGAGAAGGGUUUCGCUUGUGGUUGCAUAUUGAGAAAUGCUUUGAUUUGUACUCCUCACAAUGGUCGAACUUACAUCACCGCUGGUAUGAUGGAAUUGGACGGAAACUCACCUCUGGAAGUAGGGGAUGGUGAAGUUACUACGUACAAGAAGUACUUUGGACAGAAGCAUGGCAUUCAAUUGCGUUUUGAACAUCAACGCCUACUUAAGGCAAGACACGUUUUUCCAGUAAAAAAUUAUUGUCAUGGAUAUAGUCAAGCGAAAGACAGAGAUGUGAGCAAGACCUUUGUUGAAUUACCUCCUGAACUCUGCUCUAUAAUCAUGUCACCAGUACCACUUAGCACACUUUAUACAUUUUCAUUUAUUCCAUCGAUCAUGCAUAGACUUGAGUCUUUGCUUGGUGCUUAUAACUUUAAAAGGAUGCAUUUGGAUUAUUGCCCACAAAACAAGAUUCAAACAUUCAAGGUCUUGGAAGCAAUGACCACAAAGUCAUGCAAGGAGACCUUUCAUUAUGAGUCACUAGAGACACUUGGAGAUUCUUUUUUAAAAUAUGCUGUUAGCCAACAGCUUUUUAAUAUGUAUCAAAAUCACCACGAGGGUCUUCUUAGUGUGAAGAGGGAGAAGAUCAUUUGUAAUGCUGCGCUCUCUAAGUUAGGUUGCGAUUUUAGACUUCCGGGCUUCAUACGGAAUGACCCUUUUGAUCCAAAGACCUGGAUCAUUCCUGGAGUUAAAUCAGAAAGUUUUAAAUUAGAAGAGACAGUUUUCAAUGGGAGAAAAAUAUAUACCCGCGGAGAUAGAAAAUUGAAACGGAAAGUUGUUGCUGAUGUUGUCGAAGCACUAAUUGGUGCAUUCCUUAGCGCUGGUGGUGAGAUGGCUGCGUUGUUGUUUAUGGAUUGGAUUGGGAUCAAAGUCAAUUUUAAUAUUAUACCCUAUGAGAGGCAAUUCAUUGCUUGUCCCGACAAUCUAGUUAAUGUCAGAUUUCUAGAAUCCCUAUUGAAGUAUUCGUUCAGGGAUCGUUCUCUAUUAGUAGAAGCUUUGACACAUGGCUCUUACAUGCUUCCUGACGUGCCUAGAUGCUACCAGCGACUUGAAUACUUGGGAGACUCGGUGCUGGACUAUCUCAUUACCAUGCAUUUGUAUCGAGUAUAUCCUGGCAUGUCACCUGGGCAGUUAACAGACAUGAGGUCUGCAUCGGUGAAUAAUGACUGUUAUGCAAUGUCUGCCAUUAAGGUUCAAUUGCAUAAGCAUGUCCUUCAUGCCUCUCAAGAGCUACAUAAACAUAUUGUAGCUACGCUUGAUAAAUUUGACGAUCAGUCUUCAUCAAGUUUUGGAUGGGAAUCCGAGGCUACAUUCCCCAAGGUACUUGGAGACAUCAUAGAGUCUCUAGCUGGUGCUAUAUUUGUUGAUUCAGGAUACGAUAAGGAGGCUGUGUGGAAAAGCAUAAGGCCUCUUUUGGAGCCCCUUGUGACACCUGAUACAUUAACGAUCCAUCCGAUUAGAGAAUUAAAUGAACUGUGCCAAAAAAUGAAUUAUACUAAGGAGAAGACCUUGUCCAGGAACGACGGCGUUACUAGCUGUAAAAUCGAGGUAAUUGCGGAUGGAGUAAUUCAUCAGUUCGAGUACAAAGGUUCUACCGACAAGAAAACUGCCACAAGACUAGCCUGCAAGGGAGUUUUGCAUUCCUUGCAAUGGAAGUAAACACAAGAAAAGUGAUAUACAUAACUUGUGUAUAUCUAAGGAAUUGUACAAGCACAAGGAUGUAAUUUUUUAAUUUUGGUAUUAGGAUUUCAUGAAAAAUGAUAUCAAAGAUUGCAAUUUAUUUAUCACAUGUUUUGGACUCA